CACACUGGUGGGUCUAACUGCACCUCCACGCUGCAGGGCUCUUCUUCUGCGGAUGAGACGUGUGUUUUCUUCUUAAUUCACUUCCCUGCUGCAACAUGAGCGCUGAAUGCAGCAGUUACUACAGCGCUGAUGGUGUGUUUGUGGACGGGUUCUCGUGCCCCAGACCGGGAAAUGCCGCCGCUGCUGUCUACUGCUGCGGAUUUAAUGAUGUCAAGUACUGCUGUGAUGAUCCCAACAGCUUCUUCCCGUAUGAUUACGGAUACAUGUGGUGGCUGAGUAUCGGUGCUCUGGUUGGUCUAUCCAUUGCAGCGGUGGUCCUCCUUGCCUUCCUCAUCACCGUAUGUGUACUCUGCUACCUCUUUAUUGCCACCAAACCAAGUCGUCUUGACAACGGACUACCCCUCAGAGCACCAGCAGGAGAUCCCAGUGGGGAAUCCAGUCAUUUGAGAGCAACCUGUGUCUCUGGUCCGCAGGGAUUCAGAAAACACUUCAUGAGCAGGAAGCUAGAUUGUGAUAACCAGCCGCCAGACCCCGAGCUCCUGUUCCAGAGGUGUUUCACAGCUACAGUUCCAGGAAUGAAAGUGGAAAAUCCUUCAUAGGCCGCUGAGAGACUUCUUGUUCAUAGAUGGGGCCAGCAAUCCAGAGUAAAAGAGUCAGUAAAUGACCGCGCUGCCAGGGGAGGCGAGGACACUGGGAGGAGCAGCAGCUCACAUAUGGUGCGCAUGGGAGUCAUGCUGGUGAUUAUCAAAGAACCCCUCUACACAAUGAAGUCUCUGAAAAGCCUUGACUGAAAAUCUUCACACACUAGAUUUCUUUCCUCCUCAUAGCUGCAAAAGUAAUGUUUCAGUAACUGGCAGCAGUAACUGAGAACAUACGGAGAGAAAUGAUCUAUACACCAUCUCCUUGGAAGAUAAUGUUUUUGAGUGGCCUCUAGAAAGCGAACACCUUGCUGAAUAAGUAAGGCACAUGCUAGUGCAACUGGGGACGGAGGCCGAUCCAGUUAACGCUCUGGAUGUACAGAUGUACUGGAUGUUCAUGUGUAUCUAGGAAAGAUGCUGAAGAUGUGGCUUAGAGCAAGAAAAAAAUACCCUGACACCCCAAGACAACAGUGGAGUCUGGCCAGCCAGGCCUUUAAGUCACGGCACGCCCUGGUGAAGUAGGGUGGUGUCGACUUGUAGCCACAUCUGCUACAUUUUACUCAGGGACUGAAGGAUUUGUGAGGAAGAUCUACUGUGUAAUGAGAGCAAAAUGAAAGCGUUGGUUAUUUGUUCAAAUGCUUGAAAUGACCUAUGGUUACUGAAAAGGGACCACUAGGUUGGGGUCCUCGUCUGUCUCCUAUCAACAGUCAGAGCUGGGCUGCAGUCAAAUAUUCAAAUAAAUGAAUUUCUUUCUUUCUUAUUUCUUUUCCUAACAGCUUUUCCUUGACCUGAAUUGGUCAACAGACACAGUCAUAUGGGUCGAUGGGAGGACAUGGAAUGUGAAGUUUCUACUUAGCUGCAGCUCCCAACAAUGGACGUUACCAGCCUACUGAUACUAGUCUACUUUGUAUAUGAUAAAUGAUGAUAAAGAUGGUUGUUUUUUAUGACAAACACAAAAGCUUUCUGACCAAUUAAAUGAUUUAAAACUAACCUACUCAAGGAUACAUUAUCUGUCCUAAAACAAUAAAGGCAUGUUGAGUACAUUAAAAGUAUUAGACCUAAAACAGUCCAAAAAUAUUAGUAAAAAUCUACAACUCUCUCCUAAAGUCAAAUUUGUGAUGUCGUCAAGUAUGAAGUCUGGAUCUGCUCCAUAGACAAUGAAUUGUGAAAAAUGUUAUAGAUGGAUGUGAAUGUGCAAAAAAACAACAACCCUGCAGUACCCCCUGUUGAAGACCUAUGGCAUAGGUCUUAUGCCAUAGAAUAUAUAAAAGAAGUGGACCGUGACUUCCCCCAAUGGUUUGUGGUCUAUGGGUGGUCUAAAGACUCGAGUUGGAAAUUUUGGCCGUCGCCAUCUUGGUUUUUGGAACAGAAGUGACACAAGAGGGUGGAGCUAAUUACAAUUCAACACUGAACAAGACAUUUUUAGGUGACUAAAAUGUUAUAAUUCACUUUAAUGAACUGAAAACACUGUGAAAGGGUUAAAGUAAGACAAAAAUAUAGACUUUACCGAGACUAGACAACACCGUGUUAGCGACUUGUUAAUCAAAAGCUAGCCCCACCCUUAAGCAUAACUUUGCUUCAUCGUCUAUUUAACUCUAAAUGGGAGCAUCAUUUUCAAAAUGAACAUCAUAUUGUAUUGAAGAAGACAUGAAACUAGAGAUUGAGACCAUAAACGCAUUAGGAAAAUGUUUACUGAGGUAAUAAAUCAAGUGAGAAGUCGGGUCAUUUUCUCAUAGACUUCUAUACAACCAAACUUAUUUUGCAAGUGGAUCCUCCUCCUGCUGGCCGUUAGAAAGAAUGCAGGUUUAAGGCCCUUCGGCUUUACUUAUCAGUCAGAGGUUGCGGCUUACAUGAGGAAAUAACUGUUGAAUAACUUCUUAUCUAAUACAUACAUUUACAGUACAUUUGGAUUACUAUUUCAUAUCCAAACACAUCUCUUAGUAAAUGGCAGUAUAACACUGCAUAACCUGCAAUGUCAUUAAAUGUUACACAAGCCUUUUAGCUUUUGUCUGAAGAGUUAGGAUUGCUUUACAGUGUCACUGUGUGUUUACAGUGCCAUACAUAAGAGAUCAAAAAGCUGCAUUUCUGUGGACCCACUUACAUACAAUCUACUGAUAGCCUAUUCCUUGUCAAAACUUUCAAGUGUCCUUGUUUUUGUAACUCAGAAUGGUAACGUAAGUAUUUAUAAAUUAAUGCAGAAUGCCAUGUAUUGUGUUCGUGAAUACAUUUUGCUUGUGUAAUUGAUUUACAGAAACUGACCUCAAUUUUGAAUGUCAACACUUGUGUCCUUUUUUUUAACAGUCUGUUAUAAAUAUAUUAAAAUGAACUUUAGACUUAAAGGUUAUUCUAACAGUAUGUUCAUAAAUGUCUGUACGAGUUAUGGAAUUUUACAAUCUAUCAGCAGCUGGUAUGUUUUGUCAAAUGUUGAGAUGUUGUGAGGAAUUCAGUUUCUGUUGUACUCAUGUUGAUAAAAGCAAUUUCCCAUUGGUAAAUGUCAGCACAAAGGUGUGCUCAUAGUAAUCAUCUGUAGCAUACAUGUACAUUGCAAUCGAUGUUAGAGGAAAAAAAGAGAUUCAUUUUAUUUUCGUAUGAUCUCCCUAUAUGUUUGAUGGCAGUGUUUUUAAAACGCUGAGUGUACAGAGUUAUUUAUUGAUACAGUUCUUCAAAGAGCAUCAAUAAAAUCUGAAUC